AUGAACCCAGCCAUUUCUAACUUGGCCCUCAUGAUGGUCAUGAUGCAGGUCUCCCGUCGUUUGGACUUGGAGAACCCUGACAUCUUGCUUUACGUCAGAUUGGCAUACUUGGCAUGCCAGUUGAUCGCAUUUGGCGUGUGCUUCUAUGUCAAGUUCGCCAUCAACAAGAAGAACGAUUUGACUACGUUGAAAUACGUCGAGCCUGCCAACCCUAUGGCUGGCCAGACUGAGCCAAAGGCUGUGGUGACUACCGUCAAGGAGUAUGACUUGAAGCAGGUUGACCAGCAGAUCAAGGGUCUUUGCACUUCGUUGGCCAUGAUGGGCUUCAUGCACCUUUACAUGAAGUACACCAACCCAUUGGUGAUGCAGAGUGUAUCCUCUGUCAAGAGCGCUUUGGAGACCAACAUCGUCAAGAUCCAUCUCUGGGGCCUGCCUGCCUCUGGCGACUUGAAGAGACCUUUCAAGCAGGCUCCGGGCUUGUUGCAGGCUUUGCAGGGUGCAGGUGGCGACAUCAAGACCGACAAGGCCUCCAUCGACGCUGCCGAAACCAGCGGUGCCGGUGGUAUCAAGGAGGAAUAA